AUGAUACAUUUAGCUGAUACUGAAGUGGAGGAAAACUUUGAACGAUUGAAAAUCAGCACCUUAGUGGCUUCAGCAGCGCCGCUCACCUGGCCACGUCUGCCCUGUUCAUCGCUGUACCCGCAGAUAUCCGGCUCCGUGCCACGCACGGAUGGUCAGGGGUAUGGGACAAAGAAGCGGCUCUAUCUACAUCGGGCGGCUUCUGAGAGUCUCCGGGACCGCGCCACCUGCCACGGGGAAGAAGCGCGGUCCCGGCCGGCGUCGGCAACCCAAGCUGCGGCCGCGCCUCCCUCCGCGUCCCGGCCCACUCGCGGUGGCACUCGGCAACGAAGCCGGAGACCUCUACUGCCAGUUCAAGCAAAAACAAUGGCCGAGCCGGAAGCAAGAGAGGCCUCGACUUCCGGCCCCUCCGGGAUACCGGAAGUCUCGUUUGCGAAGGUGGGCGCGCGCGUCCCCUCACCCGGGAGAGCUGGCAGGGCCUCCUUCCCGGCAGUGCCCGGCCACCUGCCGCGGGGCGGGGGCGGUGACUCGCCAGGGCUCAGGCCGCUCACAUCCCGCUCUCAGGCCAUAGUCGGGAGACCCAGCCGCGCUUCAGCUCUGCCCCAUCUCCUCCAGGUGACCUUGGGAAACAUACCCAACUUCCAAGCCUGUUUUCUCAUCCGAAAAACUGCAGAGCAUAGCGCGUACCUCACAGGGCUGGGAGCACCCAAUAAGGUUGUUGGCGUUCAUUGGAUGUGAAGACCAGGCCCAUCUGAGCAAUGUGUUAAGACUUCAGAGGCACUUCUGUGACCAGCACUGUGGGCCUGGCCUGAUCUACCAUGACUGGGUUGGGUCCCAGUGGGCAAGACACUCCAUGAUGCCUCAGUAUAGCACCUUGGGACACCUACACUUGGGCCAAAGACAACUCCAGAAGGCCUUUGGGAAUUCUGUACUCCAACUCAAUCUCUCUUGAAAACCAUCAUUCAAGCUUUGGGAUGAGAGCCAACAAUUAGGUUUCUUCCUGCCAGUGGUAUGCCAGAACCUGUUAUGAGAGCAGGGAGGGUCGGCA